ACUACAACUACUUACGGCUCGAAAGUUGGCAGUUUUUGCUUCUGCAAGCAAAAUAAUUGAAAUAAAUCGUGAAAAACAUAUAGUCUGGAAACAACGAAAACUUGCAAAACGGAUAAAAUUCUUAAGAAAAAGUAGAUAGCAAUCAAAAUCCAAAAUUAAAUGCGCGUUUAGUCAAGAAAAUAACGUGAAAUGCAGUGAAAGAGUGUGAUUAAUACAAAGAAAAACGGUGAAACAAGAGGAUACGCUUCGUCAAACAACGAAAUACACAACGACACAAGAGUGGAAUACACAACAGGAUCUUGAAGCGCAACAGCUGAAAGUUUGGCACCAGUGAUUAUAUUGUUGUUGUUGUAGCAGUUGUUAUAAAGGCUCUAGGCUCUAAAGGAAUCCAAGUAGUUCAGUUGAAUACACUGUGUCACUCUCUACGUGUCUCACAUUCAUGCACAUAUUACUGGCAUACACGGAUGCAACAAUAAUAAAACGAGUUAAACCAUUUUUGUGGAGAUUUACUCAUUUGUUACGCCAGGGCGUGUGUGUUUGUGUGAUUAAUUUUUUAUGCGAAUGUGUCUGCAUGUGAAGUUAUAAGAAAACAAAACGUACACACAAAGGCAAAAAGUGGCUAAAUAUGAGACCUACCAUAGAGUUUGAGGAAUGUCUCAAGGAUUCUCCAAAGUUUAGGCAAUUUAUAUCUAAGGAAGAAGCCGAUAUUGAACAUUUGGAACAACGAUUAGAAAAAAUAAUCAAACUUUGUAAUAUAGCUGUAGAUUCUGGUAAAGAAUAUGUAAAAAAUCAAAGUGCAUUUGCAAUGUCCCUCUGGGAUUUGCAACAACAUUUUUCUGAUAAUAAAAGUGCCCAUAAUGCCUUGGGCAAGCUGAUACAUUGCUUUCAGGAAAUGAAUAAAUUUCAUACCACUUUAUUGGAUCAAGCCAGCCGUACGGUAUUAAAAAAUUUAACCGUAUUCGUUAAGGACGACAUUAAUCAAGUGAAAGACUAUAAAGGACAUUUCCUAAAAGUGUCUGAGGGUUAUGACAAUGCAUUAAUUAAAAAUGCUCAAGCAAGUAAAAAUCGUACCCAAGAAGUGCAGGAAGCAGCCAAUAUAUUAUCAGCAUCCAAAUCAUGUUUUCACCACACGGCAUUAGAUUAUGUUAACUACAUCACUUUAGUUCAAUCCCGUAAAGUACCAUCCAUUUUAUCAACGUUACUGGAUUAUUAUCAAGCUUGCGUUACAUAUUAUCAUCAAGGUUUCGAUUUGUGCCACGACUACGAUGAACUGUUUAAAAGUUUCACAGAUGACUUGAAUGCAAUGCGCGGUGAAUACCAAAAACUAGAAAAAGACAUGCAAAAUCGUCACAUGAGUGUGAAUAGUUUUAGUGAUACAAACACGAAUAGUACUUCCAAUAAGAUUGAAGGUUAUCUCUUUAAGAAGAAAUCCAAAGGAUUCAAAACAUGGUGUCGACGGUGGUUUUAUUUGAGUGACAAUCAGUUGGUGUACAGUGAUUUGGAUUCGAAUUGCAGAAAACGUAGCAACGAGGAUUCAUUUUCUGUGAUGGAAGAAGACUUACGCCUAUGUACAGUACGUCCCGUCAACGAUGGCGAUCGUCGAUUUUGUUUCGAAGUCAUAUCACCAACAAAGUCUCACGUUUUGCAAGCUGACUCAGCUGAUAUGUUGGCUAUGUGGAUUUCAGCGUUACAGAAAAGUAUUGGUGCAGCUAUACAACAUGAUCCACAACAUUCCAGACCUCAGUCAUCACAGAAUACAAAUCCAUUAAAGAAUGCAAAAAGAAAAGUUCAUUGGGAACAGUUUUUAAAAAUUCCUGGCAAUUCUUUAUGUUGUGAUUGUCGUGCUACCGAUCCACGGUGGGCUUCCAUUAAUCUAGGCAUAACAUUGUGUAUUGAAUGUUCGGGAGUGCAUCGCAGUCUUGGUGUACACUACAGUAAGGUACGUUCAUUAACACUGGAUGCCUGGGAAACGGAAAAUGUUAAAGUAAUGAUGGAACUGGGUAACGCUGUAGUAAAUCGUAUAUACGAGGCACGUAUUGGUGAAAACUCUGAGCUUAAACCGGCCACCGAAAAUUGUGAAAUAGCUGUUAGGGAAGCAUGGAUUAAAGCUAAAUAUGUUGAAAAACGUUUUGUGUGUGGCAUGCCUAAGCCACCGGAAUAUUUAUCAAGUGAAACAGCCGAAGUCUUAUCCAUUGAUAGCGGUGGCAAUGAUAUUGGUAAACGUGCCACCCUUUCGCUAGGCAGUACACGCAAAUGGGCAGUCAAGAAAUUCAGACGUCGCCGCCAUCGUCAACGUAAACGCCAACGUUCCAGCUCCAAAUCAUCCGAUGAUCCUGUCAUAGAUGAUGAAGAUGACGACGAUGAUGAUGAAUCCAUAAAUAUUCCAUCAAUGUCAUUGAGUAUUUCACGUGAAGAUCUUUUAAUAGUUGGUGAAGAUUUAGGUUUAGAAACCUAUGAAACACCUGGCAUAUUGGGUUCUGAUCAAGAAUCGACUGAGGGAGAAAAUGAACCAGAGGUGAUAUAUGAAGUGCCCUUUUCCAAAUUGGAUGCGAAUCUCAUGCUAUAUCAGGCAUCGGCUGUACACAAUUUACCCGUUAUGUGUAUGGCAUUUGCCUUGGGAGCCGAUAAAAAUUGGCGCAACUCUGAAGAUCAUAAUCGGACGUACUUACAUCAGGCGGUGUUGUCGGGUUCUGUUAUGGCUUGCGAAUAUCUGCUGUUGAAUGGCGUACCCAUAGAUGUUGUCGACGAUAAUGGUUAUAGUGCUUUACAUAAAUCAACGGAAAAGGGAUUUAUAGCCCAAGUAUAUUUAUUACUUAAACAUAAAGCCAAAUAUGAUCUUAAAGCCAAUGAUGGUAAAAAUCCUCUAGAUAUAGCUGUUGAACAACGAAAUGCUGACAUUGUUACACUUUUACGUUUAACACGUUUAAAUGAUGAAAUUGGAUUGAACGAUGAAGGUAAUGGCGAAGAUGAAACCUAUAAAGAUGUUAUGAAGGAUUUUUCAAAUUUUACAUCCAGUCAACCGCGUAUGUUGCGGAAUCGUAACGAUUCAAAUACACUGGAAUCUCAACGUUCUUCCAUGACCAAUUCGGAUUGAUGUCACAACAACAAAAGACCCCCAAUAUCUUAAUGAAAUUAAGAGAAUUAGAAAAAAGCCCCCAUCAAAUGUUUUUACUAUUUAUUGUUUUUCUUAGUUGUAACUUCUUUUCGUUUCCGUUUUUUGUAUUGUACGUGUUAUUUAUACAUAAAUAUUUGUUAAUUGUAUUUAAAUUUUCAAAGUAAAAAAAAAGAAUAGAAGAAGCAAAGCAUAAGUCCUUUGAAAUAUAUCAGUCAUACUGUUAUACUCUCAUACAAUAUACAUACAUACCAAUAACUUAUACACAUCCACAGGCAUAAAAUAUAUAUAUAUAAAUAUCAAUUGCAUUCAUAAUUACGAAGAUAUGAGGUGCUUUUAUUAAGAGCUAUUGUAAUCAUAAUCAAUGUUAAAUAUUGUGAAUUUUUUAUAACUAUUAUUAAAAGAAAAAAACAUUUAUCCUUAUUAUUAUUGCUAUUAUAAUUGAUUUUAUUAAAAGCCUAAAUAUUAUUUAUUAAAUGAGAUAAUUUAAGUAAAAAGUCAAGCAAUUGUUUUUCUUUCUGUAUUUUUGUAUUUUUUUGCUCAUAAUUUUCCGAUUUUAUUAUAUUUGAAAACAAAUUGGUAUAUAAAAAUUGUAUUUUUGUAAAAGAAAUUUCUAUUACUUGUUAUUACAUUUUGUUGAGCUAUACAUUAUUGACGCAAAUUAAGUGAAAAAACUCUGUAUGCAACUAGUAAUUAAUUUAAACAAAAUAUACUGGUUUUGUUAAACCAUCAAAUCAUAUUGA